UCUCGCGAGAAUAAGCCGCAGGGGCUCGCAGCUAGCGGGCGGGGAGCAACUUUGUUCUCAACUUGUGCGGUCAGAGAGCGGAGUCUGGGUGGAUCUGGAGAGGCCGCUCGAAGCAUCGGGGCUCGGGGAGCGCCUCGGACUGUGGAGGGAAGGGUGCGGGGCUGAUGGUGGGGCACAGGUCGUGCUGGAUUAAUGUGGGGACCGUGAGUGCGUUCUGCAGGAGGAGCCGCCACACAAGCAAAGAUAGAAACAUGUAAUCAUCCUCGGGAAUACUCUACUGUGCUGAUAAAGCCAUUUCUUCAAGAGGGUGCGAAGCAGGGCCUAGUAAUGGGGAUUCACGCAGACGUUUGCGAUGCUAAACAGAAGCACCGAAUAUCAAAGUAAACAACCAGAAACAUGAUGAUAUAGCAGGUAUAUAUUCCUCGUGGUCACAGGAUCAACGUUAUAAUGUUUCAAAGACAAUCUUCCGUUGGAUAAUCAGCCCUGUCGAAAAGCAAAACAGAAAUGUGUUACAGGAUUAAGUUCCACAUGAGUUAGCAACAAGCCAUUAAACUGUCAUUUUUUUUUAUUGUAAAUAUCUAUUUAUAACUUGGCAGAUCUCAUGAAACCAGUGAAUUCUCUGGAGUAUUUUCUCCAGGAGAAUAUCAUUCUUUCAAAGAAUCAAGAUGGAUGUGUUUUAUUCUGGAAUGUUCUAAAGCUGUGCAUACCUUCAGAACAUGACCAGUUUGAAAAGGUCCCAGACUGAAAGGUCAGUUGCAAGUGGUACUCAAUCGUCAGUACCAGAUGGACCACAGAAGGCUCGUUCUGAUGAUUUUUACAUGAGACGUUUCAGGUCACAGAAUGGAAAUUUAGGUUCUUCUGCCAUGUCUCCCGUUGGACCACCACGCAGUGAGAGCUCUCACCACAUAUCUUCCAUGCCAGGUGUUCCCAAGAUGGGUGUUAGAGCACGUAUUGCGGACUGGCCUCCAAGGAAAGAAAACGUGAAGGAAAUGAGUAGGACCAGCCAGGAUAUUGAAACAACCAGCAUGGACACCAUGUCUGUCAAAAGUAGUCCUGGUAGUCAAGUGAGUACAUCUAGUAUGAAUUCUAAUGAUUCGGCUAUGCUGAAAAGUAUUCAGAACACCCUUAAAAGUAAAACAAGACAGGCUGAAAGCUUAGACUCUAGGUUUCUCUCUCCUGAAGGUUACUCCAGUGCCAGUUCUCCGAGGAAAGUUCAUCGCAGGAUAAGGCAAAGGAGUAACAGUGAUAUUACUAUUAGCGAGUUUGAUAUGGACCAUUUUGAAGAGUGCAUGUCACCCACAUUUAAAACGGGACCAUCACUCCACAGAGAAUAUGGAAGCACAUCCUCAAUAGACAAACAGGGAACAUCUGGGGAAAGUUUCUUUGAUAUUAUAAAAGGAUAUAAAAAUGAGAAAUCUGAUCAUCGAGGACAUGGACCAUUAAGAUUGAGCGAACUACUCCUGAGCAGUGGAAAUAGGGGCUCUGGAUUGUCAUUGGAUGUUAUAGAUGGUCAAAGAGAUGGACACAGGGCAUUCAAAGACAGGGACAAGCCACUAAAACGACGCUCCAAAUCAGAGACUGGAGAUUCUUCCAUUUUCCGGAAGCUUCGAAACGCAAAAGCCGAAGGCGAGCUUGGGAAGGCUUCAGACAUUGAGGACAGUCGUUCCGAUGACAGCAUUAAGCCAUGGACUUGUCCCAAAUGUUUUGCUCAUUACGAUGUUCAGAGUGUUUUGUUUGAUUUGAGUGAAGUUGUUAUCAACCGGCAUAAUGUCAUCAAACGCAGAAACACCACCACCGGAGCUUCCGCAGCUGCAGCUGCGUCUCUAACUGCUGCACCUUUGUCGCACUCUUCCAGUUUCAACUCUCCUACUGGUAGUACUGAAGAUUUAAAUUCGAAGGAGAAUGUGGACCAAGGAGAUGACAAGAGUAACGAUUUAGUAAUGAGUUGUCCGUAUUUCCGCAAUGAAAUGGGCGGUGAAAGUGAAAAGAAAGUCAGCUUGUCCAAGUCAAACUCUGGUUCAUUUUCUGGCUGUGAAAAUUCUUCUUUUGAAUCAACGAUGAGUUCACACUGUGCAAAUGCAGGAUUGGCAGUCCUUGAGGUCCCAAAGGAAAACUUGGUUUUACACAUUGACAGAGCAAAGAGAUACAUUGUAGAACACAUAGAUCUUGGCGCGUACUAUUACCGAAAAUAUUUCUAUCAAAAAGAGCACUGGAAUUACUUUGGGUCUGACGAGAAUCUGGGUCCUUUGGCCGUAAGCAUUCGCAGAGAAAAACUGGAAGAUGCAAAAGAGAAUGGGCCUCAGUACAACUACAGGAUGAUCUUUAGAACCAGCGAGCUGAUGACGUUACGGGGCUCGGUGCUUGAAGAUGCAAUUCCGUCAACUGCAAAGCAUGGGACAGCAAGAGGGCUGCCACUUAAAGAAGUACUUGAGCACAUUGUCCCCGAGCUGAAUGUACAGUGCUUGCGACUGGCCUUCAACACGCCAAAGGUUACGGAGCAGCUUAUGAAACUAGACGAACAAGGGCUAAGCUACCAGCUAAAGGUUGGCAUAAUGUACUGCAAAGCAGGUCAAAGCACAGAGGAGGAAAUGUACAACAAUGAGGCAGCUGGGCCGGCCUUCGAGGAAUUCCUGCAGCUCUUGGGAGAAAGGGUGCGACUUAAAGGAUUCGAAAAAUACAGAGCUCAGCUGGAUACCAAAACCGAUUCUACUGGUACCCAUUCCCUUUACACUACCUAUAAGGAUUACGAGAUCAUGUUCCAUGUCUCUACCAUGCUGCCAUAUACUCCGAACAACAAGCAACAGCUGCUGAGAAAGCGUCACAUCGGAAAUGAUAUUGUGACAAUAGUGUUUCAAGAGCCUGGAGCCCAGGCGUUCAGCCCCAAGAACAUCCGCUCUCAUUUCCAACAUGUCUUCGUGAUUGUAAGAGCUCACAACCCAUGUACGGACUCCGUCUAUUACAGUGUUGCUGUUACAAGAUCAAGAGAUGUACCUGCCUUUGGCCCACCAAUCCCCAAAAGUUUUAACUUUCCUAAAUCUGCAGUGUUCAGGGACUUCCUUUUAGCAAAAGUUAUAAAUGCAGAGAAUGCUGCUCACAAGUCGGAGAAGUUUCGAGCCAUGGCAACGAGGACCCACCAGGAGUACUUGAAAGACCUUGCAGAAAAAAAUGUCACCAACACCUCUAUCGAUUCAUCUGGAAAGUUUCCAUUCAUCUCCCUGGCUUCAAAGAAAAAAGAAAAGGCUAAGCCAUACUCAUGGGCCGAACUGUACAGCACAGGAGCCAUUGUAUGGAGCGUCCAGGUUGAAGAUUUCAGCAAUGCUCUGGAGAUAGAAUGUGUACUCUGCAUCUCAAAUGAGAUACUGGCUCUGAUCGACCAUGAAACCAAAACGGUUAUAUUUAACUGCUCCAGUCGAGAUGUUAUAGGAUGGACAUCGAACAACACAACGGUCAAAAUUUUCUAUGAGAGAGGGGAGUGUGUGUUUAUAAGAAGCUACACCACCAAUACUGAUGAGAUAAAAGAAAUGGUCAAGAGGCUGGAGAUUGUUACAAAAGGAUGUGAGACCGUGGAAAUGACUCUGAGAAGGAACGGUUUGGGACAGCUUGGAUUCCAUGUAAACUAUGAAGGGAUUGUUGCAGAGGUAGAGCCCUACGGCUAUGCUUGGCAGGCCGGCUUAAGACAAGGAAGCCGGCUGGUUGAAAUUUGUAAAGUUGCAGUGGCCACUUUGAGCCACGAGCAGAUGAUUGACCUUCUCAGGACAUCGGUAACAGUUAAAGUUGUCAUCAUCCCACCCCAUGACGAGGGCAUUCCACGCAGAGGUUGCUCAGAGAUAUAUCGCAUGCCUACAGUAGAGUAUAAAAUGAAUGAGGGCAUCCCGUAUGAGCUGAAAUUCCCAUUCAGGAAUAACAACAAAUGGCAAAGGAACGCGGCCAAGGGGGAUACUGCGCAAUUGAGACAAGUUCCCUCUCAGCUCCAGAGUCCGGCCUCAUCGAGAGUCUCUUCUGUUAAAGGAGAUGGAAAAAUACAGACACCAGAACGUACCGCAAACAUUCCAAGGAGUAUUUCCAGUGAUGGGCGUCCCCUGGAGAGCAAGAGGCUGUCUCCAGGUUCAGAGAUGUAUGUCUCUGUUUCGUCUGUCGCUAUGGGCCGAUCUCCGCAAUGCCGUAACUCUCCUAGCAAUAUUUCCGCCUCCAGUGAUACCAUCUCGAGAGGAGGCUCCCACCGCAGGCAGCAAUCUAUGCCUGAAGGGUUCGGAGUUGGCCGCAGAUCACCGGCUUCUAUCGACAGACAAAACACCCAACCGGACAUGUUGGCCGGUGGGAAAUCCACGCCCAGCUGGCAGAGGAGCGAUGAUAAUGUUACUGAUCAAAUAGAGCCGACGUGUCAUCUACCUGCUGUGUCUAAGGUCCAUCCAUCAUACAGAGACAGCCCCACAGGAAGACUCAUCCGACAGGACCCCGUGCUUCAUCUCUCCCCCCACAAACAGGGACAGACUGACAACCAUUAUUCCAGCCACUCCAGCACCAACACUCUCUCCAGUAACGCAUCCAGCGCUCACAGCGAGGAAAAGUGGUAUGAUAGUGGGGAACGGCUGGACUCCGAGAUGAACAGCUACACCUACAUACAAGGAACGUCCUCUGACAGCGGCAUCGACACCACUUCAUACAGCGCCAACCAUGUCAUCUCCGCCGGUCCUGGCGCUUCAGCCACCUCUCCCCGCUCCGGCCCUCCUAGAGAAAAAGUGGCUCCUCUGUGGCACAGCGUCAGCGAUGUGGGGCUAAUAUCUGACAGGACUUGUGACAGGGAGUCUCACGUGUUGGAUGGGAAAAGGGAAUCUCCUGUCGCUAUGGAGAAUCACACGAAAGUCCCUAUAGGUUCUAAGCCAUUGACGAGAGAAAAUAGCGCAUACAGCCUAAGUGACAGCACAUCUCAUACCAGCACCAUGAGCUCUCGGCACUCGGCAAGUCCCAUUGUUUUCACUAGUGCCAGAAGUUCACCCAAAGAAGAGUCUCACUCUGCCACUUCCCCGCAGCUCGUACCUUCUUUCUCCUCUUCUUCCUCCUCCCCUUCUGGUCCUAGGACUUUCUACCCUCGCCAGGGUGCUACCAGCAAGUACCUGAUUGGAUGGAAAAAACCUGAAGGGACUAUAAACUCUGUGGGCUUUAUGGAUUCAAGAAAACUGCACCAGAUUGAUUGUACAGAAAUGCCACCGACAAGGUUGCGGGCGUCAAUUAGGGAUCUUCAGGCAUCUCCGAAGAGGGUAUCUACAGUUCAGGACGAGCUUCAGAAACUCAUUGAUGUGGACAGCCAGCCUGCUGGAUUAGAAAAGCCUUUAAAGUCGUCUUUCCCCACCACGCCAACGAGCAAGCGGUCUUUGCACAGGACACUUUCUGAUGAGAGUAUAUACAGCAGUCAGCGGGAGAUGGUGUUUAUCAAUGCACGCGCUUCACUCCUGGACCAGGCUCUUCCCAAUGACGUCCUCUUCAGUAGCACCUACCCAUCCCUGAAUAAGUCCUUGCAAAUGCGCAGACCAUCAUACACCCUGGGAAUGACGUCAGUACACGGUGAGUUUUCUGCCUCGGACACCUCCCUCACAGACAUCCAUGAUCAAAGAAGGCAGCCUAUGUCUGAUCCUGGUCUUAUGCCCCUACCAGAUGCUGCCUCUGAUCUAGAGUGGUCAAACUUGGUGGAUGCUGCCAAAGCAUUUGAGGUGGACCUACAUCACAGAAGUGGCCUUCACACACUGUGUUCUAGCACUUCACAAAUAGACCAGAGAGCUUCCUUCUUUACCUCUACGGAUGACGAGCAUAGACCUGGAAGUUCAGCUUCAGUCGGUGACCAGUUAGAAGGCCAAGCCACUUCUCAAUCCAGUACUUACUACGGGAAAGAGUCUCCCACCUCACUUGCAUCAAAAGUGGAACAGCUGGAGAGCAUGUUGAAAAUGCUGCAGUAUGACCUUAAAAAGGAAAAGGAAGACAAAGCAAAUCUUCAGGCAGAAAUCCAGCUCUUACGAGAAGACAACAUGCGGUUGCAAGAGGAAUCCCAGAGUGCCUCAGCCAAGUUGAAGAAGUUCACCGAAUGGGUGUUCAACACUAUAGACAUGAAUUAGGUGAUGAUAUAGGCUGUACAGAACAGAAUAUAAGACUUUGUGUGUCCAGUCAGGUGUGUACCGUAGACUUUUGGGGUAUGACUGCACCAGGAUCCAUAUGUACAAAUAAACAAGUCACAUUGUUCUCAAUCUCCCCAUUUUUUAUUUUUUUUUACCUGCUUGCAUGUUCUGAGCAAAGUAUCACUGUAAUCACUGCCUACGUUCCAGGGAUAACACAAAAUAAUACAUGUAACAACUGAAAUGUGAGUAUUUCAUUAGUAAAUGUACAGUUUUGGAAGCAAAAAGUUUGCCAAACCUGGUCACUUUUUGGGCAAUAAUCCCUGAACAAGAAACGUAUUAUUAUUAUUAUUAUUGCCAUAAAACAUAUUUACCAAUUUUAUUGAAUAGGUUCUGUUUCAUUUGCAAACGUGUAUAAUAAAAUCAAUGUACUGUAAGCCAUUCACUAACAUGUACUGUAAGCUGCAAGGUACAGCUUCUAUAAUGUGUUGCUUGGUAACCAGUAAACAAUGGAAUCAGUGGUUCUUCUGUAGUUUGUGUACACUACAGUCAUUUAUCAUCAGAAGGCUCAUUUUGUGCUUUCCUAUCCCUGACUAUUAGAGAUAAUUAGUUUUUUUUUGAUACAGCAAUAAUCCACCAGUUCACUGAUAACACAUAGGUACAGAAGCGUAAAUGUUGAUUAAUCGCUUCCAUAUUGUUCAUUGUUAUAUACAUAACACACAUCCCAGUUUGCAUUGCAUAAGGUCCUGUGCUAGUUUCUUGCACUUUGUUUCAGUAUGUGGGGGAGGACUAGCUUGAUUGCUGUUUCUGGUAUGUCAGUGAUCUCUAUAACAUUCCAUGCCCUGCACAACUUAAUCACAGCCUGUUUAAUCAUCAGACAAGAUGUUUCUGUAAAAUUAUUUCUGACCUUGAAAGACCCUCAGUGAAUUAAAUUCUGCUUUCUCUGAUGUUCAUAUAAAAAAUGUAAAGCAAAACAGUUUUUGGUUUUUAAGGAAGUUAGAAGCGCACUAACGUGUUUGCGUAUUUUGACAAGUUUUUAAAUUUUAAGCUAGUUAGAAGCACACAACACAGCAUUUGUAGAACACAAAACACAGUUUGGGAUUCUGUGUGCAGUAAGCUUGUAUAAAGUAUUCCCAGUUGCAUAUAGAUGCAUAGUUUAAGCUGUAUUUUAAGAAUGUGUUGCUAUGGAACCGGCAAUAGCCAUAUUGGGUUCUAUGGUACUAAAGAAAUGAGAAAAAAGAGAGAGAGAGGAAAAAAAAAAAGUCAUUUUGGCCUAAAUAUUUCAGCAAUAUAUAUUGUAAGGAUGGAAAAAAACUGUUCCAUAUUCCACCCAGCAACCACAGUUUUAUGUGCCGUGCUUCACAAUAAAAUAUACAUAUUCUCAAAAUGAACAGUUAUAUCAAAAUUUUUAAACCAAACCCUAUAUUUGCUACCAGAUUCUAUCUAGGCAGAGAGAUUUAUAUUUUGUAAGGAAAUGUAAUUUGUUCUCUGGAAAAAGUAUUGCUUGCAACGCUUCAUUAGUAAUGUUUGUGACACAUUGAAGCAUUUUUCUUUUGCAAUGUUUAAAAAUUUGCUAUUUUUGCUUCAUCUUUUGUGUUUAGUAGUUUAAAAAGGCUUGUACAGAAAUAUAUUUCACCCACAUGACAAGAAACUUGCAGUUUAAUUAUUUACCCUGCCAAAGUCUUUUGGUGAAAUUUUAUAAUGGCGAUCUAAGUGUUUUGAGUGUCCUUAUUUUUUUUUUUUUUUAAAGACUGUAUGAAGGAGAUUUAUAUAAUAAUGCCUGAUGUAACUUGUAAAUUGAAUUUUUUGCUAACCUCUCGAUUGUUUGGAAAUCUUGUUUUGAUUUCUCCUCUUUGGAAAGGGAGGUGCUUGAGGCGGGCUAUUUAUUAUAAUUUUGCAACAAAGUUAUUGUAUCUGAGGUUGCAGAGAAGACUUGUAAAAUCAUGACAAUAAAACUGUUUUUAAAAGAG